GUAGGCUCAGUCCUAUCCGCCUCUAUCAAUCACCGGGAAUUGUCGAUGUUACGCAUUGCUCACCAAGAGCGAGGCAUUCUCACUUUCUCAUUUGACCAUAGCAAAUCGUCAUCCAGAAGUCUAGACCUUCUUGGCACAGCCCAAGCCGGCUUCAGACCAGGCUGGCUGCAAUUGCACGACAAUUUGCUUUAUUCUGUGUCGAGAACUAGUUAUCCCAACAAUCGUUCAAGCUCUGGGGGGGUUUUUUCUUUCGAUAAAAACGCCGAAGACCCCGACGCCUUGAGUCUUGUUAUCUCUCAAUCCUCAAAUGGUAUGGGAGGCGUUUUUUGCGAUGUUGCCAGAGAUGGCAGGACUUUAUCUGUCGCCAACAUCGAUGGUUCGACUGUGUCUAUCUAUCCUUUGUCAUCGCAUGGCAUAAUUGGCGACGCUACUUUUGUCUUCAAGUACAAUCUCACCCAUCCAGGGCCAGGAACAAACGAGUCUCAGAUCCAGAGCAAUCCACAUGCUGCUGCUUUCGAUCCUACUGGAGAAUAUAUGAUAGUACCAGACCGAGGGGCAGAUCAUGUCUACGUCUACCAUGUCGACGGGCCAGAACGAGUAACUCAGAUCAACAACAUCACCCUCGAGUCAGGAACGGGACCUCGCCAUGUCACAUUCCGAGCGUUCAAUUGUACGCGAACAUUUAUGUAUCUGGUAAGCGAGCUGGACAACACGAUCAGAGUAUUCGCUCUCGACGGCGUCAACAAUGAUAGCCGUGGCCUCCGCCCACAUUCGUCCCUGAGCAUUUCUCUAGUCCAAAUCGUCUCAACCCUUGGCCAUGGCUCAAAUCGCUCAGAACCGAACAAUACCAACCUGGCCGCGGAAGUGGCCCUUUCGAACGAUGGGAUGUUUGCUUAUGUGUCGAACCGUAAUACAGUAUCGUACAGCACAGACACACUGGCCAUAUAUUCAGUUCACCCGGAUGCGUUGGAGCAUCUGGUCUAUAUUGGGAACACCCCAACCUACGGCAAGAUUCCAAGACAUUUCUCAAUUUCUCCCGAUAGUCGGUUUAUUGCAGUUGCCAACGAAGUAUCGAAUAACCUUAUUAUAUUAGAACGCGACCAAACAUCUGGACGUGUGAACUCAGUCGUCGGAAACGUGACUCUGGGUGAAUUUGAUCUUACACAAAACAAUGGACCGAUGGCCGUGGUUUGGGAUAGUAAAGUAAAAUAUUAUCUUUAAUACAUUACGAAAUCGACUUACUAUCAUAAGUUGGGGUUUUGUAUGUUAGUAUGAGUACAGCAUUUACAAC